UCGCGGACUGCGAUUCUAAGCAUUAGCGAGCCGGUUAUCGAUGCCAUUUUGCUGCUAGCCAUACACGUAAUGGAGCGACCACCUCGCGGUCUAUGUACCAACGUUCCCGACGGCUCUGUGAAGGUGCCCAGAAUGACUAUGAGGAACUCGAAUCGCCGUUCCAGAUCGGAGUACGGGGCCACCCAGCAUACGACCAAUACCAUGUCAGGGUGCAUGGUCGCAGAAGCUGAGAAUGACCAGAUUGAGCAGGGGGCGACUACGUACGGGCACGGCAAUUUCCAGCGGCGCAUCUUCUGCUGCGGCAUCGUGGCCCUGGUGGUGCUGCAAUGUCACAACCAGGUUUUCGCGUUCAUCUGCCCGCCCGUGGAUCACUGGUGCAAGCCGGCCAAGCGCUUCGCCAACAUGUCGACGCCACUCUGGAAGAACAUUGCGAUUCCCGUCGACGACGGCGGCCAUUACAGCGAGUGCUUAGUCUACGUGUACCCGGGCAACGUCAACGACACUACGGUCAAGCGCUGCGACUCGUGGGACUACGCAGUGGGCGAAACAGAUCGGUCCGUGCGCUCCUUCUGGGACAUCGUGUGCCACAGGACCUGGCUGUUGAGCCUGGCAGAAGUGGUGUACAGGAGCGGCGCGCUCUUCGUACCCGUCGCCGGCUAUGUCGCCGACAUGUCGGGUCGGCAGCCUGUUAUCACAACAGCUGUGCUGUCACUCGUUUUCAGCACCAUUGCAGGCUGCUUGACGGAGUCGUUCGCGAUCUACUUGGUAACCAGGUUCAUCAACUCGGCGUGCGCCAGCACGGUCCAGGUGUUGACAGUCAUUGUGCUGUUUGAGGUCAUACCAAUCGAUUUCCGCACCUACUACAUCGGCUUCGCCUGGUCCCUCGGCAUCUUCGUGGCCGAACUCUUCUUGCUGCUUCUGAAGUCGCUUUACCACAGGAUCGGUUGGUUCUUCGCGCAAAUCAUCGUCUUGGCGCCAACGGUGCUCCUGCUGUCAGCGCCUUUCUUCAUCUACGAGUCACCGAUAUGGCUGAUGUCCAUGGGCCGCAUAAAGAGCGCCGAGGCUAUAAUGCUCAAGGCAGCCAGAAUCAACGGUGUGCGGCGAGAGAACGCGGAAAACGCACUGAAAGCCAUCAGAACCGAUAUCAGCAGAAGCGACGCCAGCCUGUCGCCGGGUGUAACUCCUUGGGCCAUCAUCACGCCCGGCGUGAUCCGCGUGCGGGCGAUCAGCGUUUUCUUCUCGAAUUUCGCCAUCAUGUUCGCCUUCUUCACCAUAACGAGGAGCACCCGCCUGCUAGGCGAGAUGAAUGCCGCUCACAUAGCGUCCGUCUUAAUCUUGGCUCCCAGUUACCUGGCCAUGUACUGCGCCUUGAACUCGUUUGGCAGGCUGAAGCUUUUGAUGGUGUUGCUGGCUCUCCUCGGCGGAAUGUCGACCAUCUGCGGCAUCGCCAUUUAUGCCCGCCCUGUGGAAGUGUCUUACGUACUAGUAAUCAUCGCCAGGGCUGCGGUCAGCGUCCUGUUACCGACCAACUACCUGUACAUAAUAGAGCUCUUCCCCACAGUCCUUCGCAGCGCCGUCUUGUGCGGCGCUUACAGCUGUGGCCGAGUGGGAGCCGUUCUAGCCGCCAGUAUGACGCCCAUCAAGUACGCCGGCAGAGAGGAUUUGUGCUUCGCGUUGGCGGCAAUGGCUGUUUUCGCAAACUUAGUGGUUGUGAUGCAGCUACCUGAGACCAGCGUAGGCAUCAAGGCGACCGAAGAAGUGAAGCAAGAGAAGGACAUUUUGCACGUCAUGCAGAAGAGCCUGUCGCCGCUGCGACAGAAACGCCGUCGAACGCGUGGCAAAGCAGGCUCGAUUAGUAACGACCAGUAGCCGGCGCCGCGCAUUCGCUCAUGCUCCAGCAUUGUUUGCAGUGCACUGGACGGCGUGGACGAAAUGCUUCCGUUUCGCGUAUGAGACGGAUUUACUCGCGAAGCCUUUGUUUGGCCCCGAAUGCUAUAUAGUAGCUAUGUGUUGUGAUUAACUUGUCUUGUGCGUGCGUUAAUUUUCUUCUUUAAAAAAUGUGCUCCAUCCUCAGUUUACUGUACUCGACCUCUGGAACAGUGGAUCGUACGUCAAACUUGUAAUUCUCGCAUUGUAAUUGGGUGUCACGUGGCACCUCAUUAGAUGUCCGUUUAUGUGUUCUAUGUUCAUUUCCUACGUGCAGCUACGUUAUGGAGCUUUGGAUUUUCCUGCUGAACUUAGUGCCGUGCAAGGCGCUCCUGUUGGACACACGGGUGCAUAAUGUGUGCGGAACAUUUCAGGAAGAGUGCUCUGUCAAUAUUUCUAGCAGCAUCAAGGCAAAAUGCAUAAUUGGACUCGUUGAGCGGCGUUUUCUUGAUGACCGUGCCGGACAGGGCCUGCUAGCAGUUGGCGCAUGCGGCUAUAAGCAAGCGGUUGCUCGUUCGGAACACGAGUUUAGUUUAUGUCGCGUCCAACCCUUAUGGCUCCGGACACACGUUGUUGGCAUUGUAGUUCUGAGCAGUCAUCACCACUCCGUCGGUGCGGUGCGCGCUUGAUCGAAGCGCUUCUGGGGCACGCCAGCCAAUAAAGUGUGCA